CACCAGGCCCCACAUUCGUCGACCUCGGAGCAUCGCCCAGCCUGCUGUUCACAAUGGCCGACGAUGGCAUGCUGCUCAACUUUGAGCUGGGCCCUGAGCCUUUGAAGACGCAGGUCAAGUUUAAAGGCGGCCGCUGGCGCGACAGGAAGCGUGCAGAACGAGGCGCUCGGUUGGCAUCGGAGCGAGGCGAGACGACCAAGAACGAGACCGACGACGGAGCAAGAUUUACGAAGCGACGUCGAGUCGAAGACGAAGACACAGACGGAACUCCCAGCUACAGGACAGGUCCCCGCCCGAGUUUCUCCAAACGACCCGAAGGUCCGCGACAGGACACUUCACAGUCCGGCUUUUCUGGUCACCAUAAGAGCCACGCGGGGGACGCACCCAAAGGCAACCGCCAGGUGAUCUCCAGGCUUUUUUCAUUCAACCCUGCGCAGACGACCGCCGUAGAGGAAAAGGAGGGGGAAUGGACGGCACCGCAGGCGACCAAUGCACCGCUGUCCGAUGUUGCCAACUUUGGAUCUCUCACGCUCUCGUCCCGCCUGGUCGACGAGCUUGCCAAGAUGAAGCUUGAGCGGCCGACAGCAAUUCAGCAAAAAGUCAUACCGCACCUGUUAUCGAACAGCUCCGAUGCGUUUGUUCAGGCCGAAACUGGUUCCGGCAAAACGUUUUCGUAUCUGCUGCCCAUUAUCCACCGCGUACUGCUUCUCAGCGCUGGCGGUGAUAAGCAAAUACACCGAAACUCUGGCAUCUUCGCCAUCAUUGUCUCCCCCACUCGCGAACUGGCCAAGCAGGUACAUACCGUUCUCGAGCAGCUAAUACGGCCGUUUCCCUGGCUAGUGUCGACAGCAAUCACCGGCGGGGAGUCCAAAAAAGCCGAAAAGGCGAGGAUACGAAAGGGUGUCAACUUCCUGGUCGCCACCCCCGGUCGACUAGCAGACCAUAUUGAUAAUACCAAGGCUCUCAGCCUAGGCACGGUCCGGUGGCUUAUUCUGGACGAAGGCGACCGCCUCAUGGACCUGGGUUUCGAGGACGAUUUGAAAAAGGCCAUCGAGUCGCUGCGGGUGAUCCCGAUUGUAACCCAAACCGACAAAGGAACCCCGCUCGAUACCCUACCCGACAGACGCGUGACCGUUCUCUGCUCUGCGACCAUGAAGAUGAACGUGCAGAAGCUUGGCGAGAUGAGUCUCGCAGACGCCACCUUCCUAACCGCCGAGAAGGGCGACGAUGACCCAACGGCCGAGAACGCGGUUCACAAGGCGCCGGCGCAGCUGCACCAGACUUAUAUCGUGGUGCCUUCCAAGCUCCGCCUUGUGACCCUUGUCUCGUACCUCAAGUCUGUCUUCUCGCGCCGAGGCCGCACAAUGAAGGCCAUCAUCUUCAUGUCUUGCGCCGACUCGGUAGAUUUCCACUACGAGCUUUUGAGGAAACCAGAUGAGUCAGACGCGCCCCAGUCAGCUUCGAGAGACGCCGAGCUCGUUUCGAAGACAGUCUCCAAGGCGGCCUACUUUACAUCUGCGGCUAGCCCUGAAGUGGUUCUUCACCGGAUGCAUGGAUCGCUCAGCCAACCAGUCCGCACGGCCACCCUGAGGUCAUUUUCAGCUUGCAAAACCCCAUCGCUGCUGAUCACUACCGAUGUCUCGUCACGAGGCUUGGACAUCCCGUCGGUCGAUCUAGUCAUUGAAUACGAUCCAGCCUUUAGCUUCGCGGACCACAUCCAUCGAGUCGGUCGGACGGCCCGAGCUGGUCGAUCCGGCGACGCCGCUCUAUUCUUACUGCCAGGCGCGGAGGAGGGCUACAUUGAACUGCUCAAGUCGUCGACACCACCGUCGUCCCAACCUUAUGAGGCGAUUCUAAAAAAGGGCCUUAUGGCAAAGCUGGAGUUCCCUGUCGAGACAUCGGCAAAGCCGGAAGACGCGCACUCGUACCACGACAAGGCCGAAACGCUACAGCUCCAUCUAGAACAGCGUCUGCUCAACGACGCAAAGCGGCUAGAGCUAGCUCGCAACGGCUUCAAGUCACACAUCAGGGCUUACGCGACGCACGUCAAGGACGAGCGAGUUCAUUUUGACAUUACACAGCUGCACUUGGGCCAUGUGGCGAAAAGCUUCGGUCUGCGCGAGGCGCCAGGUGGUAUUGGGGCUGGUAUAGAACGCAAGGCCAAGAAGAAGGGGUCUAGGGAUGCGCCCAAGUCGGAUCGCGGACAGGAGCAGCAACCUGCGGGCGAUGUCAUCAAGCGCAAGAGCAUGAUGUUGAUGCGCGCAGCCGCUGACGAAUUUAACAUAGGCUAGAAGCGUUGGGGUGCAUGGGGGUCAUUCCUACUUAGAUGGCAUUUGCGGGCAUAUAGUAACGUUAGAAAGCGCUUGUUUUCGCUCAAAA